GGUGCCGGGAACUCGGGGAUUGGAUGGAGCGUCCAUUUUGAUUUCACGUUUUUCGUCUUCCAGCGAACAAGGCUAUAUAUAUAUAUUUGGUCCGCAUAAUAAGUAAACACAAUCACAAAAACCUCUCCAGCUUCCACAAUAUCAGUCUUCUAUUUCCUCUGAAGCCCAAUCCUUGUAUCCCAUCGCCACCAAUCAAGGCGGCGCGUAAAACCCUUAUAAUGAACCCAAUCCUCUCCACUCUUCAAUACUGGCUAGUAAACCACCCUAACAUCCUUCACUUCUCAUGGACCCCAGGCCAAACCCUUGGCUCCACUCCACAAUUCCUCUCCUUCACAGUCCUCACCUACCUUUUCCUUACUUUCCUUCUCUCCUAUGCGUCACUCCCAUCUCUUGGACCCCACUUUCUAAAACCCAUCACAGCCCUCCAUAGCUUUACUCUCUUUCUCCUUUCCUUCAUCAUGGCCUCUGGUUGCAUCUUCUCCAUCAUUUACCAUGCUCCUGACUUACACCAUAUAAUUUGCUUCCCUCCUCACACUUCACCGUCUGGGCCACUCUUUUUCUGGGCCUACAUAUUCUACCUCUCAAAAAUUCUUGAAUUCAUAGAUACCCUUUUGAUUAUUCUUAGUAAUUCAAUCAAACGGUUGACAUUCCUCCACGUUUACCACCACGCAACGGUGGUGAUUAUGUGCUACUUGUGGCUAAACACUAGCCAAUCUUUGUUUCCAAUAGCUUUAAUCACUAAUUCAGUGGUACAUGUGUUAAUGUACUACUACUAUCUAUUAUGUGCAAUGGGUGUGAGGCCUAAAUGGAAAAGAUUGGUCACUGAUUUCCAGAUUGUGCAAUUUGUGUUUAGCUUUGCAGUUUCAUGUUUGAUGCUUUAUUACCAUUUUACAGGAUUAGGGUGUUCUGGUAUGUGGGGUUGGUGCUUCAAUGCCAUUUUUAAUGCUUCUCUUUUGGUUCUUUUUGUUAAUUUUCAUGGGAAGAGCUAUGCGAAGAAGAAGAUCGAGAAGGUUGAUGAAGAAGAUAAACAGGCAUGAUUGAUGAUUAUGUAGAUUGCAUUUUGUGUUUCUGUGUAGUUUAUGUUUUGGAAUUAUUGUUCAAUUGGGUUUUAAUUGAUUGGUUCUCAAUUUUGAUUGAGAUUUUUUGUAAUAUGAUAUGUGGGUUGGAAUGAUACAUUUUAUAUUUUUAAAAA